UUAACAAGCGUCGGGGCUUUUCUUCUUUCUGCAGCUUGCAAGGAUCUUUGGAUUUUGCAAAACAGUUCCAAGAAAACAAUGGCCAACUUCUCCUUAUGGACAGUUUUUGGAUUAUGUUUGCUGAAGCUCUGUCUAGCAGAAACAGAAUUCAAUGUAAGUUGCAGAUAUGGAGGAGUUUUUCACGUUGAAAAAAAUGGUCGCUACAGUCUCACACGAUCUGAAGCAGUUGAACUCUGCAGAGCUCUCAACAGCACCUUGGCAACACUAGAGCAGCUGAAGAAAGCUCAUGAGCUUGGAUUUGAAACUUGCAGGUAUGGUUUCGUGGUGGGGCAUAUUGUUAUCCCCCGGAUCAAUCCAUAUCAUCUUUGUGCAGCAAAUAACACUGGCAUUUACAAACUCUCAGCAAACACAACUGCCCGGUAUGAUGCAUACUGUUACAAUGCGACAGAAACAGAGGAAAAAACAUGUGAGCCAGUUGUAAAAAUAGAUACUUCCUUACUCAGUAAUCAGGAUGAAACAGUCAUUGACAACGCAGACGGCUCCCGUUACAACGCGGACGGCACACGUCACACCGGUGGAGAGUCCUCCACCUCUGGGGUGGAUGAUGAAAAUGCAGGCAGUGGAUCAACUCAUGAGACAACUCCCAUGGAUGCCUCCAUCAGCAGGUCCAGCCCCUUGUAUUAUGGAAGUCCUACUCCAGUCUCACAGCUGCCAGAUCAUUCUUCUGGAGGAGGUGAAAAAGGAAUUCCUGGAAAAGACUAUGAUGAUGAAUUUACAUCUGUAUCACCUGACAUCUCUUUCGCGACGGUGGCUGGUGAUUUCCAUGAAGAAGAUGACGGACAGUAUCCUGCAAGUACUACUAUGGUCCCCAGCCGUGGGGCCAAACAGAACGACUCAGCGCAAGACCCAGUGGUGUAUCCAGGCUGGGAUGAGGGAGAGGAUUAUGCCACACAGCCUGCUGUAAUGGAUAGAGUUAUUCCUUCCAGAGAGAGCAAUCAUGAAAGAGAGUCUUCCACUACAGCAGCUGUUGCCUCUCCUGAUGGUGCCCACCACAAAGAGCCAACUCAAGCACUUCUGCCUUGGGAUUAUGAAGCAGAAGUGAGCACUGAAGGCAUCACGAAUCCCACGGAUGCCCCUGGGGAUGAAGUUCUCCACAGGACCACAGGCACUAUGAUCAAAGCUGUCACAGCCUCCACUGACAUUCUGGCACCAGAAGAUAUAACCCAGGAAGUAUGGGCACCUCACCUUGUGGUAACAGCUGCUUCCUCUCCUGGUGGUGCCCACCACAAAGAGCCAACUCAAACACCUCUGCCUUCGGAUGAUGAGCCAGUUCAGGGCACUGAGGGCAUCACAAAUCCCACGGAUAUGCACAGAGAUGAAGUCCUCCACAGGACCACAGCCAGUGUGACCAAAGCUGGCUCUACCUCUAGUGUAUAUGGUAACCAAGGACCACACAAGGAACAUUUUGAAUCCACGACUUCCCCUGGAGAGACCGCCACAACAAAAAUAGAUUCACAACCAAGGUCGGCCCGUGUACCAGACUGGCUGAUCAUCGUGGCUGCUCUCGUGGUGCUUGCAUUGAUCCUGGCAGUGUGCAUUGCUGUCAACAGUCGCAGGAGAUGUGGGCAGAAGAAAAAGCUAGUGAUUAACAAUGGCAAAGGGGCAGUGGAGGACAGGAAGACAAGUGAAUUAAAUGGAGAUAUCAGCAAAUCACAAGAAAUGGUGCACUUGGUUCAUAAAGAACAGUCAAAUGACCGAACACAAGCAUGUGAUGAAUUCCUGACUGUGAAUGAAACACAAAAUCAUCACGAGUUUGACAUGAAGACUGGAGUGUAAUGGUACCACACUGCCAAGCAGAUCAGGGCUGGGGAAACCAAAAUCAUGUGGAACUUGAACAGGAAUUCACAGAUGCACUGUGCUACUGAUGUCUUUUGAACAUAAGCAUGAGUUCUGUUUCCUUAUAAUCACUUUGCAAUGACGCCUGAGUUUAAAAAUUGACAUGUGCUUUCUGAAAUACACCCCCAAGAGUUGCGUAAUGCUUUCAGUUCCCAGUCCCUUCACAGAGGACUCUCACUGUGUCCUGGAUGUUAGGAGGCGUACAAGUUUGCAUCAUUAUUCCCCAGAUGGAAGGUCUUCACUGUGUGAAGCUAAAGAAGUAUCCAGUCACUCCAUCUUACAGAUAUUUAAAGUAUUAAACAUGCCAUGGUACAGAAAUAAGUGAGGACAAAUGUCAAGAGUAAAAAAAUCAAGUUUAAACCCAAAAGGCAUCUUCUACAAUGUCUGCAACAGCAGAAUCCUUCAGAAAUGCCUUCCAGCCAGGAAUAGCAGUGGGUACAUUCAGAAUCUGCCAGUAUAAACAAAAAGUGACAUUUUGUAAUUAUGUGUGGCUUGGUCUGCAACAAGGGAAGCCCAGAAGGACAAAAUUUAUUUAUCUCUAUUUUUAAAUAUCUAUGGACAUACAGCAAGUCUUCUCGGGAGGGGUAAUAAAGGCAUGAAAACAUGAGCUGAAACAUAAUAAACUUCUAUUCUUUAUUAUCCUAGCAACCUGUAUAACUAUCCUUCUGUUUUUGAGGUGUUCAUUGCUCUUCUCCCCGCCUCAUUCAUUGGUCCAAGUUUGUGCAUGUUUUUAAUGAGCCUGUUAGUUAAGAUAGUGAAUGAAACAAAAUGACCCCAGCUCUAUCACAUAUGCACAAAUCAAGUAAUUGAGAUCACUAGGGAAGCUGACAGUAUUUUAUUCCUGAAAAUAGGUCUCUAUAUUCUGCUCUGUUUUACUGAGGAGAUGCUGAGCCUAUUAAAUGUUUUUCCCCUAUAACUAUUAUAUUAAGUGUGAUUGCUGAUAUUUUAAAAGUUGCUUUUCUGUGAUCUCGCUCAUUUCUUCUGAAUUCUUUUUCAUCUACAUUUUUCCAUCAGCUUUUUAAAAACACCAGAAAGAAAGAUUGCUUGCUUUUUGGUACCAGAAAUCCAAUUUCUACAGAAAAGAUCAAAGCAAAUGAAAGGAAACUCUUCCCAGCCAUGUAAUAUAGUAGAGUAGCUGAGCUGCAUUGUUACAUGCUUCUGUUACGUCCUUUCGUGUCUGUUAUGUAAAGUAUUUGUAUUGAGCUAUGAUGCUGUGCAUUAUAUUGAUAUGAAUUGUCAGGAAAACAAUUAUUUACUACCAGUGGUCUGUGCCAUUUUUAAGAAAGCUUAUUGGAAUGGAGGGAGAAUUGUAACUUCUAAUUGGACUCCCCCCAGGAAAUGCAGGGAAAAACGUUGUUCUGUGUCAGCUGUGGGAUGUGGAUGGUCUGUAGCAGGGUUAUUCAGGAGCUCUGUUCACUGACCAUAGCCCCUGUCUUUGAAACUGUUCUGCCAGAGUAUGUUACAUUAUAUUCUCCAUCUGGAGCAGUUUGGAGGAUGAAUAUUCAGCUGGCUAAAUACUGACUUUAGCUAGCACUGAUCUUUACUGGAACAUAAAGCACAAGACUGUUGAUUAUAUUUCUGAGUCACAGCCCUCCAGCAGUUUCCCAUGUGCUUCAUGGAAAUGCUCAAGUGCCCUGGUAUCUGCUGGCAGAUCUCCUCAGGGCAAUUUACACCUGGGCAAAAAGUCCCAAGACAAGGUGAUGUUUUAAAAUACACACAGGAUGUUUUCUGACUUUAUGCAGGUCAGAUAUUUCAUCUGUGAACAGUGCAUUGAUUCUUGUUUAAUGUUUUUAGCACACUUUUCUAUUUGUCAUUAGAAAUCAAAAUUAUCUGUUGAAGGCUGUGAUUAAACUGGUGUUAGGUACUCAUUCCACUAAGUAUGGAGAUCCAGAGUAAGAAUUAUUCCUCUCUUUAAAUCCAAACUGAUCAUGGGUGUCAGUGAGAAGAACAUAUUUCACUGUCUUGGAGGCUAAACUUCUCUUUUAAAAACCAAGAAAAUCUGUGGCACAUUAUUCAUAUCCUAUUCAGAUGUUGAAUGAAGAAAUCCGUAGAUUUUUUCAUAAUUUAUCCUAAAGUUAAUAGCUAUAAAAGCACAGGCAACACUGGUUGAGUUCUUUGUAUAUUUUUAAAUGAGAGAUGCUAAAGAGGCAAAGCCAUUAUUUUAUAUAUGCUGAUUCUUUUUAGAUUAUGUCCUGUGACUUACGUGUAAUUGUUUCAUUAUAGUUUCAAAACUAGACGGCCAUUUCAUAUGUAUAAUACAGUACAUAUUUUUAUUAAUCAUGCUUUUAUUAUGAGGGGUUGUUUGUUGUGUGUAUGUAUUUUUAUAUAGAGCACUUGAUAUAUUUGCAUAUUUAUUUAACAGAUUAAUCAGAAUUAAAGAAAUGCCAUCUCUAAAUUGUAACUAGAAAUAGUAUUGCUAAAAACACAUCGGACUUUAAAAUAAGCUUCCAAAAUAAACCUGAUUCCACACUGAAGAUGAAACAUAAGUCCAGCUGUUAGUGGGAGAGAAGUCUUCAGCUGGAUAGUCAUGUUGAGUGCUGUGAUCAUUUUUUCUGCUUGCAAUUUCCAAGCCAGGCUGAGGUGGAUGCUGUGUGACCUUGUCUGCUCUGCUGGCCUCCCAUAGGCUCCAUAGAUGCUCUGGGAGUUGUGAUGAGCUCAGCUUCACCCCAGAAGCAGACACAGCUACAACUUGGACAACUCAGUAAGAUCUUGACAACCAUUCCUGGCUCACUGAACCAACACUUGAAGAGUGCAGCACCCAGCAAGAUCCAGCCCUUCCUUCUGGGUGCUGACAGACAAAUCAGCUGUGACUGACACAUCUCACUGUCUCUUGGUCCGUCCUUGCUUUGUGCCUAAGAAGAAUGAGGAUCUCUCCUAAAAAUGCUAAGGAGCCUGCGAUCAGCUUCUGUUAUUCCUUUGUCUAAAAAGUUUCAAAUAAAUGUGAUCCAGACCAGUGGAAUACUGUCCUAAAGCAGCAAGCAUAUUUAAAAGAGUCUCUGUGUUUUAUGGGAAUGUAAUAUUUUCAUGAAGCAAUGCAGGCUGAUUGUUUUAUCUGUAUUUUCUUGAAGUUCUGAAAAGGAAUAUAUUAUUAAAGCAGAGAAAG